AAGCGCUAAAGAUGCGCUUUGGUAACGUUCUGUUCUUGUCACUGUGCCCUCUGCUGCUCCUACUUUUGGUCAGCUCUGUGGCAGGCAAUAGAAGACAUCAUAGACUGCACAGGAGCGCUAGAGCUCGGUCGUAUGCCAAUCCUUUCGUUGCCAUUGAGUACUAUGCAGAGCCCAGAAUAACUUUAAGGCGUACUGACGCCGAGAAAGCGGCCGUUAAACCCAACAGCACGGACUACGAUAUGUUUUGGGAAGAAAAAACGCUGCUCAGACAUCGACAUCUAAGUCUAGUUGGUAAUCAGCAGCCGGCCACUGCUUUCUUUGCCAACUGCCAGAAUAUAUUCAAGGAGAAGGAUUUUGCGGCGCAUGUCGUGAAGGGUAUCCUGGAUGCGAUUACGAAACGGCUGGAGCAGCUGUGCGCUGACAAGAAACUGCAUCCACUGUAUCCAAGGAUGCUGGCGGGGAAUCUCUAUUGCAGCUCCAGCAUACAGGACACCAUGGACAUGCUGCUCGAUCUGCUGUUGGAUCAGGUGGAAAGGAAUUGCGAUCAAAUAGCUGGAUUCCAAAGCAUUUAUAUCUUCACCAAAUAAA